GAAUGUGGUAGGUGAAUGAUUUGACGGAAUUACCCUCAUAGACUUUCUUUUGGAAAAAUCCAUCUACUACUUCUCUCUCUCAGUAUAUAAUCUCUUCCUCCUCCACCAUUAUCUCUCAGCUUGCAAGUUCUCCUAUCAACAAUAGAACUCCAAGCUUAGCUUUGUACUGUACUUCAAAUACGCAGUCGUUUUAAUAUUUCUUAAUUUUUUUCCGUCUCACAAAAUUCGACUCAGAAUCAUGCAAGCUGUUUCGCCUACCUUCUCGUGUGAUCUCAAACCCAUGAUUCAAACGAAUCUAACGGCUAAAAUCGCGCGUUACUCUCACGUAAAUAGAAACCGCGUGUCUGUUCGUUGCAGCUACAAGUCUGAGUCGUUUAGCUUCCCUAAUGGUGUUGGCUCGAGCCGAGCUGAUUGGCAGAGCUCAUGCGCCAUCUUAGCAAGCAAAGUGGCUUCCGCUGAAAACUCCAGCUCCAUCACCGGUUCCUUAGCCGGUCAAGUAGCUGCCGUUAACGGCCACAGCAACGACUCCGUUAAUCUCAGCCUCGUUCCGUCCAACACUCAGAACGGCAAGCCUGGAUUGAUUCAGCCGUUAACGAAUACAGAUCUCUCGCCGGCGCCGUCUCACGGAUCCACCCUCCGUGUAGCGUAUCAAGGAGUUCCCGGCGCGUAUUCCGAAGCCGCCGCCGGAAAAGCUUACCCUAAGUCUGAAGCCAUUCCGUGUGACCAAUUCGACGUCGCGUUUCAGGCGGUGGAGCUCUGGAUCGCGGAUCGCGCCGUCCUCCCCGUUGAGAACUCUCUCGGCGGUUCGAUUCACAGAAACUACGAUCUCCUCCUCCGCCACCGUCUCCACAUCGUCGGAGAGGUUCAGAUCCCUGUCCACCACUGCCUCCUCGCUCUCCCCGGAGUCCGUCCGGAUUGCGUCAGGCGCGUGAUCUCGCAUCCCCAGGCUCUGGCUCAGACCGAGGGAUCGCUCAACAAACUCACUCCGAAAGCCGCGAUCGAGGCGUUUCACGACACAGCCGCGGCGGCGGAGUACAUCGCGGCGAACAACCUCCGCGACACGGCGGCUGUGGCGAGCGCGAGAGCGGCCGAGCUCUACGGGCUCCAGAUCCUCGCCGACGGGAUCCAGGACGACGCGGGGAACGUCACGCGGUUCCUGAUGCUGGCGCGUGACCCGAUCAUCCCUCGCACGGAUCGCCCUUUCAAAACGAGCAUCGUCUUCGCCGCUCAGGAGCGCGAAGGAACCAGCGUCCUCUUCAAAGUGCUCUCCGCGUUCGCGUUCCGGAACAUCAGCCUGACGAAGAUCGAGUCGCGGCCGCACCAGAACUGCCCUGUGAGAGUCGUCGGGGACGGAGGCGUCGGAACAGCGAAGCAGUUCGAGUACACUUUCUACGUUGAUUUCGAAGCGUCGAUGGCGGAGGCGCGUGCGCAGAACGCGCUAUCGGAGGUGCAGGAGUACACGUCAUUCCUCAGGGUGCUGGGAAGUUACCCAAUGGAUAUGUCGCCAUGGUCAACGUUACCUAGCGAAGACGCCUGACCGUAUAUUUGUCUAAAUUAUAAUAAUAACUUAUGAUAAAAAAAAUAUCAUAUUCGUUGAAUUAUAAGAUACGUGAAACCAAAGUAGAAUGUAGAACUCGUUUUGCAUGUGAAAGUAGGAGGAUAAUAUAUUUUAUUUCUCCUAUGAUACCCAAACCAAAAAUAUUUUGUAUGUUGCUGCUGCUGAUCAUGUCCACUAAAAUGCGAUGAUUUUCCAUUGAUUUUAA